AUGUACUCUAAUGCUGAAGAUUUAAGACGUAGAGCUGAGUGGGACGGUGCUAAUGGAACUUCGCGUCAAAAAUUAUUGUUGGAGAUACAGAAUGGGACAAUUUUGUAUACGUGGACCGGUGCCCGGAUAAUGGAUUUGGCGAUAAAUAAAGAAGGAACGAGGAUGGUGGCUAUUUGCCAUGAUGAAAAACUCCAUAUUUAUAAUAUUGAAACAAAAAAAGAAGAGGCGAUAAUGGAUGAAAAUGCUAAGCUCACCUCUAUUUGUUUAUCAAGUGAUUGCAAGUAUGCUUUGGAAAUUCAUCUAUGGGACAUUGAAGAAAGACGAAUUGUUCGUAAAUAUUAUGGCCAGAAACAGGAAAAGUUUGUUAUUCGGUCUUGUUUUGGUGGUAUUGAUCAGGGGUUCAUCGUCAGUGGUAGUGAAGAACACGCUACGAUGAUCGAAAUCUUGUCUGGUCAUAAGGGUGCUGUCAAUAGCGUUAAUUGGAGUCCCGUUAAUCCAUAUAUAUGA